AUGGCGUCUCCUGCAGGAGCUGCGGCUCCGCGAAAGUGGACGCCUGCGGAGGACCUUCGUCUCCGGGCUGAGUGUGAACAACAACUACGGCAGACGGGCACCGUCAACGACUGGAUGGCGGUAGCAGACAAGAUGCCACAUCGGACCAACAAAGACUGCCGUAAACGGUGGAGCAAGGUCUGUGCCACGCUGAAGAAAGGCCCAUGGAGCUCCGAUGAGGACUCCAGGCUACAACAAGGUGUAAAUCGGCACGGUUGCAAGUGGACACUGGUGGCCCAGGUGGUGGAGUCUCGAAGUGCCGACCAAUGUGCAAAGCGAUGGCAACAUAGUCUGGACCCUCACCUCGACCGGAGCGAGUGGAAACCUGAGGAAGAUCGACUCCUCCUGGAAGCGGUUCGUCAGUAUGGUCAAUCAUGGACCAGUAUAUCCGAAGCAAAGUUCCCUCGGCGAAGCAAGACCGACAUCAAGAAUCGAUACUCCAUCAUCCUUCGACGGUUAAAGCAGCGACCUAGCUACCUCCCCACACCGACACCCGAUCACGAAGAUGACGAUGAUGAUGCUUCGGACUUUGAGGUCGACCGUACGUCCACCACAGGUCUUGGCGCUAGCGCCCAGCAUAUAAAUUACCAUCAAUCCCCCUCCUCUCACCACAACGUGCCGGCUGUUCCUUACAAUCACAGCAUGCCGGACAUGAUGUCGUGCGUACCGCCAUACCUCACCGCCGACUAUCGUACGUCAUCGUCUUCUUCCUCUCCGCCCACACCUGCCUGGACUCAGAACAUGGGCAUGAUGGAUCAGUCCAUCGGGGGCCGCUUUGGGUCUAGCUCUCGAGGCAGCAGCAGCAGUGAGAUCUAUACACCAAACGACAUGAACACGAUGAUGGACCCGAUGGCAUUGGGCCACGAUAUCGCACCCAAUAUGACCGACGAAGAGUUCACAUCCGAAAUGCUCGCUCAAGUCAGCUGCAUGGAUGGACAAGAUCUGAUGAGCAUUUCCGGCGACCCAACCUCAAAUUCUUUCUCCAGGUCCUCAUCGACUUUGACGAUAACCAUCGAGGAUGCAGACCCGAAUCACAUCGACGGGAUCACCAGCAUUUUGUUGCGGUCCAGGACCAGAUUUCGAAUGAACCACUCUUGA